GACGGCUUUUCAGAUGCGGAAAGGGAGUCAAUUGGCGCGCAGCGGGUGGUCUUCGGCUUGACCGAGGAUGUUGUGAGCCUGGAUCGGGAUCCGGGGUCGGCAGCCGGGAUUUGCGGCGUGCGCAGACUGUUUGUAGUGAGGAAAGAGAGACGAAGUAGAGGAGGGGGAGGUCAGGAGGAGAGAGGAAGAGGAGAAGGAGAAGGAAGGAGCCUUCCUGCGCGAGCAAGCGCAGAGUGUAGGGCCUACUCGCUCGUGUUUGCUGAUUGUAUCUGUCAGCAAUUUUCCGACCACAUUCCGUCGAUAAAGUCCUUGGGUGUACUCGUGUCCGAGGAUUAGGGUUCUGGGAGAGCUCCUAGUUGUGUCUUCUUUUUCAUAGAAGACGGUGAUUGGUUGAUGGGCCGACUGAUUGGACAUAUUUAAGGCACAGAUGAGAGCCAGCUACCGGUAGUAAUCCGCUCGCUGACGUGGCGACGUGGCGACCUGGCGACCGGAGGUUGGAGCUUGGUGCCUAGAAGUUGACGUCAACAGUUGGCACAGACAUUCGGAGGGGAUCCACAGGAUGCACCGACGACGGACACGUGGAGGUCAUCGACCACCAGUUUUGGAUAUCGACUAAUCCGUUUCCAUCCUUUUUCUCUUUACGCGCUCAGCUCUCUUUAAGAAUAUGGAGAGGAUGAACCACACACCGUGGACAGGGCCUUGCAUCUGCCAUGCCAUCUGUGUUGAAGGAGGAGCUGCGACCGCAAUUGGAGCACUUAUAUACUUCCACUUCCAGCAGCUUGUGGUUCCCUUCAUCUUCUGGUGGCUUUGUGGUCUCUACAUGGCAGGACCACGCAGCGAGAUACAGAGAAAAUAUCGGUUAGAGGAGCAUCGGGAGAUGCAGGUCAGAUUGAUUGACGAUAUUGAGAUGAAGACCGUCAGUGAACCGCCACCUAUUCAGUCAAUGGAGGGGCCAACAUCUCCAGCGCGCUCGCCGAGAGCGGCAGAAUGAUUCCGACCGUGAUAAGUACUGUAAGUUGGGUCAAGAACGGGUUCAKUCAGCUGUCAGUAAUWUCGGAUAAUUUUGGAAAAUCACUUUUUGCCAUUUUCGGCAUUACACGCAGGCUGUGCUCCGGGGCGCUUGUUCCGCAAAUGAWCCGACUCCGGAGUCGUGUUUGGUUCCACAGAUCCGCYAACUCCGGGGCCGUUUGUUCAUUGUUUUGGCGUUUCUYGUGAUUUUGCGACGAGUAGUUGUCCGCUCCGUGGUCAAGGUUAUGCCCUGUCGUGGAUUGGCGACUGGGUGGAGGGGUCUGGUGUGGUGUGCAUUGCGCACACACUUUUUCUGUGAAUUCGCCGGCGGAGAGUACGGRCCUGGGUUGUUGUAUUUGGUGGGUGGUGUGCGCWCAUGAUCAGCCAAGCAUAGAAGUCUAGUAAGCCCAGCCUCGACUUUUUUGCACUAAUCUGGUUGCGAUUGCGGUCUGUUACAUCCGCAGAUAAUAAUUGUAUUGUGAGGAUCGUAUAACUCAUCUGCGGGGCGUUGGCGAUACCUCGUCCGCUGAGGGCUUUCGAGGAGUGGUUGGGUUCUUCGUUUCCAGGUAAACAAUCGCUUCUCUCUUUCCCUUCAUCGCUUAUGCUUGGGUUAGACACUCGGCAUGGAUACGCGCAUAUGCUGGAGAUGCCACGGAUGCAGGGAUCGGCAAUGUCACGUUGUGUCCAUCUGUCUUUUGUUCCAAAGGUCAGGUUUCAAUACAGAGGGUUGGGGAGUGCGCCUGACGUGAUGCCCUUCCCAAUGUUGCAGGUUUUGUGCUGUGAUAGCUGAGACUGUGAAGGAAGUUAAUCAGAAGUUCAAUCUUAGAGAGUGCUUCGCACGACUUCACUGUGGCUGGCGGCUUACCGAGGAAGCCACCCCAGAAAGAAAGAGCAAGCUGGAAACAGCU